GACCCCGCGCGCUCCCGUGCCGCCUCGCCUCUACGCGCCGGCGUGCGCGCCGCCGCUGCCUCUCCCUCCCUCCCUCUCUCCCUCCCUCUCUCUCUCUCUCUCUCCCGUGGUAGCAGGAGCAGCGCGGGCGGCGGGGCUGGAGCGUGGCUGAGGCGGCCAUUCCUACCGAGCGAGAGAGAGCGCAGCGUGUCCCCCCCGGGCUCAGUGGCGCACAGGAAAUGCCCUCGGCUACCAACAGCACCAUGGCGAGCAGCACCACCGGCAGCAGCACCGGCAAAGCGGGACCGGGCAGCGAGGUUGCCCCGGCGGCGGCCGCCCCGCAGGCGGCGGCGGGUGUGAACAUCACCACGGUGCAGACCGAGGCCAUGAAGCAGAUCCUGGGGGUGAUCGAUAAGAAGCUGCGCAACCUGGAGAAGAAGAAGAGCAAACUUGAUGAUUACCAGGAACGAAUGAACAAGGGAGAACGUCUGAAUCAAGAUCAACUGGAUGCGGUGUCAAAAUACCAGGAAGUGACAAAUAAUCUGGAAUUUGCUAAGGAACUGCAGAGGAGUUUUAUGGCUCUGAGCCAAGAUAUCCAGAAAACAAUAAAGAAGACAGCUCGUAGGGAGCAGCUGAUGCGAGAGGAGGCCGAGCAGAAGCGUUUAAAGACUGUGCUGGAGCUACAGUUCAUUCUGGAGAAGUUGGGUGAUGAUGAAGUGCGCAGCGACCUCAAACAAGGAUCCAACGGGGUGCCAGUGCUGACAGAGGAGGAACUGACAAUGCUGGAUGAGUUUUAUAAGCUGGUUUACCCUGAACGAGACAUGAACAUGAGGUUGAAUGAGCAGUAUGAGCAAGCAUCUGUUCACCUGUGGGACUUACUGGAAGGGAAGGAAAAACCAGUUUGUGGAACAACCUAUAAAGCACUGAAGGAGAUUGUUGAACGGAUUCUUCAGACCAGUUACUUUGACAGCACCCACAACCACCAGAAUGGGCUAUGUGAGGAAGAGGAGGCAGCACCUGCACCUGCAGUAGAAGACACUGCAGCAGAGGCUGAACCCGAUCCAGCAGAAGAAUUUACUGAACCAGCUGAAGUUGAAUCAACUGAGUAUGUAAACAGACAAUUCAUGGCAGAGACUCAGUUCAGCAGUAGUGAGAAGGAACAGGUAGAUGAGUGGACAGUUGAAACGGUUGAGGUUGUAAAUUCCCUGCAGCAACAGACACAGGCGACGUCUCCUCCCGUCCCGGAACCUCACGCGCUCACUGCUGUGGCUCAGGCAGACCCCCUGGUCAGGAGACAGCGAGUACAGGACCUCAUGGCACAGAUGCAGGGCCCCUACAACUUCAUGCAGGACUCAAUGCUGGAAUUUGAGAACCAAACGCUUGAUCCUGCCAUUGUAUCUGCACAGCCCAUGAACCCAGCACAGAGUUUGGACAUGCCCCAAAUGGUUUGCCCUCCAGUUCAUGCUGAGUCAAGACUUGCCCAGCCUACCCAAGUUCCUGUGCAACCAGAAGCUACACAGGUUCCCUUGGUUUCUUCUACAAGUGAGGGAUAUACAGCUUCCCAACCCAUGUAUCAGCCUUCUCACACAGCAGAGCAACGGCCACAGAAAGAAUCAAUUGACCAGAUUCAGGCUUCCAUGUCCCUGAAUGCAGACCAGACCCCAUCCUCAUCAUCACUUCCCACUGCAUCCCAGCCACAGGUGUUCCAGGCUGGAUCCAGCAAGCCUUUGCAUAGCAGCGGAAUCAAUGUCAAUGCAGCUCCAUUCCAAUCCAUGCAAACAGUAUUCAACAUGAAUGCACCUGUUCCUCCUGUGAAUGAGCCAGAAACCCUUAAGCAGCAAAACCAGUACCAGGCCAGUUACAACCAGAGUUUCUCCAAUCAACCUCACCAAGUAGAACAAUCAGAUCUCCAGCAAGAACAACUCCAGACAGUGGUUGGUACCUACCACGGUUCCCCGGACCAGAGUCACCAAGUGGCAGGAAAUCACCAGCAGCCACCCCAGCAGAGCACUGGAUUUCCCAGGAACAGCCAGCCUUACUACAACAGCCGGGGCGUGUCCCGGGGGGGAUCCCGCGGGGCCCGGGGCCUCAUGAACGGUUACAGGGGCCCAGCAAACGGAUUCAGAGGGGGAUACGAUGGCUACCGUCCGUCCUUUUCCAACACUCCAAACAGUGGCUACACACAGGCCCAGUUCAAUGCUCCUCGGGAUUACUCAAACUACCAGAGGGAUGGAUAUCAACAAAAUUUCAAACGUGGCUCUGGACAAAGUGGACCUCGGGGAGCUCCUAGAGGUCGUGGAGGGCCCCCCAGACCAAACAGAGGGAUGCCUCAGAUGAACGCUCAGCAAGUGAAUUAAACACGUUCACAGGAUUCCGUUCAACGCCAAAAACACGCUGGCCAGUGUACAAUACAUGUUACCAGAAGAGUUAUUAUCUAUUUGUUCUCCCUUACAGGAAGUUUGUUGUAAAGGGACUAUUUUCAUUACCCAUAAUGACAGGACUACAAUUGCCAGCUUUAUAUUCCCUGGAUAUUGAAAGGAACGAAACAACGUUUACUCUGCAUGUUCUGUCCUAAGCAUCAUCUUGAGCCUUGCACAUGAGAUUCAGAUUCCUCACCUUUGCUAAGAAUAAAGCAAAAAAGGCAAUUUUCAGGGUGAUCCAAUCUCCAUGGUUAACUGAAGUGGCAGGAAAAAGCAGACUCACUUCUGACAUUUAAAAGUGAUUUAACAAAAUUCAGAUAAAAUCUGCAAAUCCAUAAAUAUUUACUGUGGUGGCAGUUAAAAAAUCUUAAAUGUUCCCAUGAAAGGAUGGAAAAGGUGAAGUGUGGCUUGGUAGAACAACUGCAUUUCAGCUUUUUCUUAGUAAAUUGAAGCACUGAACAGUUCAAGAUGUGUAGUGAUGCAAUUGCCCUGAAUAGACAGGUGGGCUUAGAGGCAGUUUGUGAUAAAGAAGAGGCACCCUUAGCUGCAGCACUCCUCAUCACCAGGGCCCUGAUUCCUGUGGCUAUGGAGUUAAGAGCGCUUGCAUAACUGCUAAUGUAACUGUGUAAUUAAUUUUUUUUAGGAGACAAGAUGAAAAAAAAAAAAAAAAAAAAAAAAAAAACCAAAAAAAAAGGCUUUGAUUUGGCACUUGGACAAAAUUUUGCAACAAAUCCUGAGCUAUAAUCUGGAUGGCCACUGUAUAUUUGAUGUGAAGUAUUUAGAUAUCUCUUUGAAACACUUUUAAGUUUCUUUGAUAGCAAUGACUUUUGUAAGGAUUGGUAUUCUCUAUCAUUCCUUAUGACUUGCACAUUGUCUGUCACUAAUACUUGACCUUGCUGUAUUAUCACCUAAAUAACUGAUGCCGGUACUGAUGGAAAUCCCUAAUGGAUAAUCAUAACACUUUUGGUCACAUGUCCUUUUGUCUUUCCUGCAGCCUUGAAGGUUUUAAGAAAUCUCAAAUGCCCGCUGCUGCUGCCCUUCCAAUUGCUGUCUUUUGAAAAGCACCAGUCUGUGUUUGAGUUGAUUUCCCCUUUUCAGGGAAAUGACAGCCAGCAGUUACAGUUCUAAUGGUAUAAGCAAGAUAAAUAAAACAUGUUUAUAAAAAUUG